AUGGUGUGCUCUUUAUUCACAGUGUACUCUUUCGACGGCAUUCUUGUAUUUGGGCUUCUUUUCAUUUGCACGUGUGCAUACCUGAAGAAGGUCCCUCGUCUGAACAGCUGGCUCUUGUCUGAGAAGAAGGGUGUCUGGGGAGUCUUUUACAAAGCUGCAGUAAUAGGCACACGGCUCCACAUUGCUGUGGCGGCGUCCUGUAUGUGUAUGGCAUUUUACCUGAUUUUUCUGAAGUGACCCAGAUGAAUCGCUCUCUCUGGAAACUGGACUCUGAACGCCUGUAGAAAUGCAGUGCUGGCGAAGAUGCACAGAGAGCCGACUCCACCUGCGGUUUAGCACCAAUUUAAGACCUGCUUUCCAUUUCUGUAAAUGUUUAACUUAAGGUUAGAUUUCGGGUGAAUUCGGUCUUGGAUCAGGGUUAAACCGUAAUACCUGCCGAUGAUGAAAUGAAGAACUUAUUAUGGAUUCAAACUUCUUUUGCUUGGGCGUACAGUAAAGAAGGCAGAAACAAUGUUAUCUUGUACAAUUUUUGAAUAUAAGUUUUUUUUUUUACAAAAAUGUCAUUUAUUGAGAGCUAUUUUAGGUUUAGGUGUCAUGAAUGGCUUAUGUCAUUAUUCAAAUGACCCCAAAUGUUUAUAAUAAACAUAUAAGACCUAUUGUUUGCAGCAUGGGACAAAUUAUGAAAAAUGUUCCAUAGACUUCAUGGAAACCUUCCCAUUCAAAUAGGCAAACUAGUAAUGCUACUAGAUCAAAACAAAACUUGUACAACAUUAUUUUUUGAUACCACAUAUAUACUUUAAUUUUAUAAUAUAUGUAAAAGCAAACCUUCUUGAUCAACACCAUGUGAUUUCAUUGUGAAGAUGUGUCUGUUUGGUUCGGUUUGAUAAAUACACAGCUACAUAAAACUACAAUAAACAUAGACGUCAACACUUUUCUGAAUGAUCCUGCUAUCACAUUAUAUGUGGAUGAUAUGAUAUAAUUGGGAAAAUUCUAAUCGUUUUGGGGAAAUACACUACAAGUUCAAUCUUUAACAUAUAUAAAUAAGAGGGUUAAUUUCACUUUUUCAACUCUUGAGUCAAGAAUUAAGAUUUCUGUAAUACAGUCCUAUGAUAUUUUUUUUGUGUUGAUGCAUUUUUGUCUAUUACACAUUACAAACAUGUAGAUGCCAGGAUGUUCUUUUGUAUUUAAGCAUUCAAAUGCAUGUGGUAUCUGAACCUAUCAUCAACUCUUCAUGUACUAAAGUCCACAACUGAACUAUCCUCGUUCAGCCUGUAAAUGUACACAGUCAAGCUCUAUAGAAAAUGCUAGUUGUUGGAGGUUCAUAUUUGUAAACGUGGAACAUAAUAAAUAUUUUCUGUAUAAUCCU